GAAUCUUCUGGUCAACCUGGGCUUGUUUGCAGCUGGUGUUUGGGUUGCAAGAAAUUUGUCAGAUUUUGACCUCAUGUCUCCUCAGCCUGUUACAUAACCUUAAAAACCAGGAUGAUGGUGUCUUGGACCAACAAAGAAGAAACAAUGGAUAAGAACUAUUAUAUAAAAAAAUCAUGUUGUUAACCUGGAUUAGUUUCACUUUUCUGUUUAAAUCUAAAGAGAAGAAUUUACAUUCAGUUAGGUCUUUGUUCUUGUUAUAUACAGGGAAUAGGUUUGUUCAGUCUUUGAAUUAUUAUUUUUUUUUCUUUUCUUUUUUGUACAUUUGGUGUCAUGUGAUCCCCACUGCUAUGUCCACUCAGGAGCUCUUUGUUGCUGCCGCUCGUCAAUGUCUGUCUGCAGGUAGAAAAUCCCUGUCAGUCUCCCAGAGUCUAGACCUGGCUGUUCAGGUCUCAGCCUUAGAUGUGGGAUUGAAACCAGCUAUAUUGUAUGACAGCAACAGGGCAAGUGUAGAUCAGGUGCAGCAGUAUUUGAGCUCCCUGCAAUCCUCCCAGCUUGUGUCUAAAUCACUUCACACAUUGGAUUUAAAUGGAAACACUCUUAUUGUAAAUCCAGUUGCCGCCAGAUUUAAUUUAGAGCAGCUGAUUGAUUAUGGAAAUGUGACCGUUGUUGAUAUUUGUCACACGCUGGAGAAGCCCACCAUCACCGACCCACUCAGAGCAGAGCUGAAGAGCAUGACACACGAUUUACUGCUUCUCCUCAGAGCGAUCGAAGACCUGAAGGAGACUGACAAAGCUCAUACUGUUGGAGAGAAAUCCGAGGAGUGGAACCUGUGCACAGUGUUUGGUCUCUUACUGGGUUACCCUGUCACAUACUGGUUUGAUCAGACCAAGAGCUUUGAAAACUGUUUGUCUAUGACCCCGCUGACGGUGACCACAGCUUCAGCAGCGUGGCAGGCGGGCCACAGAUGUUGUCUCUACUCCUUCAGCGUCCCUGCGGUUCUCCUUGAAGAGAUGCAGCACAAGCUGGAAAACUGGAGGAUUUCUCUACGGGAAAGAUUUCAGCAGCAGAAUGUGCUGAAGGAUCUCACAGUCUGUCAGUCAACGGUCACUCUGCCCUCUGUCUGUUUGUGAUGCUAACGUGUUUGUCUUUCAAAUAAACUGUUCAAGAUUUA